AUGAGUGUAUUUCCUAGAUUUGUAGACUGGAACAGCCAGAGCGUAGAAGAGCCUCUUAAGGGCGAGUCCAAGAGAUCUGAAAAUGCUAAAUCUGAUUCAGUGUCAGAGGAAGAUAGUAAAUGGAUAGCUUAUUAUGACAAAGCGGAGGCAAAGAAGCAAGGAAAUCUUUGGAGAGCUGCAGAGAAGAAGAAACCUUGGUAUGAUGCUCCUGCUAAGGUGAAGGUGACAAGAAAAAAGGGUCUUUGCCACAUGCACAUAGAAUUGACAGUGGGAUUGCCUCCUGAAGGGGUCUACGAUUUGUUUGCUAAUCCAGACAACUUUCCAUUCUUCAGGAUCGAUAACGAGACUGGCCGCGAACUUUUGCAAAACAAAUCAAGAAAGAUUUUGAUGAAAGAUGGACCGAGCGAGGUCGUGCGGUUGGAGAAAGCUCUGACCUGGGAAUUUCUUGGUUGGUCUGGAGCUUUUCCCUUUACUCUAAUUGCUGAUGAAAACCAAAAAAUAUUUACAGCAAAAUAUAAUAAAGAGAAAAUGAUGUUCAUGAAAGUUUUUAAGGGUAGUUGGAAAAUAGAGCCAUUAUAUGUAGAUUCAGAACGCUUGUGCAAGGAGAGAGAGCCAAAGAGUCGAGAAGAAUACAAAAGAUGUAGCCGCGGACAAGGAAAGGUUGCAUCAAAAGUGACAAUGGACCAAUACUUCCAACCAUAUUUUCCUCUUAAUCUACCACCCAUUUCUUGGUUCAUUCGUUGGAUCACCAUUAAAACCACUAAGAAACUGCUCAAAUUGAUUCAAGAUGCAAGUAUCAUGUACCGAGACACGUCCCCCACUGAACUUUGA